AGAGAAAGUCUGUGAUUGCUGUGAGCUUCAUAGCAGCGUUCCUUUUCCUGCUGGUUGUGCGUCUUGUAAAUGAAGUGAAUUUCCCAUUGCUACUAAACUGCUUUGGACAACCUGGUACAAAGUGGAUACCAUUCUCCUACACAUACAGGCGGCCCCUUCGAACUCACUAUGGAUACAUAAAUGUGAAGACACAAGAGCCUUUGCAACUGGACUGCGACCUUUGUGCCAUAGUGUCAAACUCAGGUCAGAUGGUUGGCCAGAAGGUGGGAAAUGAGAUAGAUCGAUCCUCCUGCAUUUGGAGAAUGAACAAUGCCCCCACCAAGGGUUAUGAAGAAGAUGUCGGCCGCAUGACCAUGAUUCGAGUUGUGUCCCAUACCAGCGUUCCUCUUUUGCUAAAAAACCCUGAUUAUUUUUUCAAGGAAGCGAAUACUACUAUUUAUGUUAUUUGGGGCCCUUUCCGCAAUAUGAGGAAAGAUGGCAAUGGCAUCGUUUACAACAUGUUGAAAAAGACAGUUGGUAUCUAUCCGGAUGCCCAAAUAUACGUGACCACAGAGAAGCGCAUGAGUUACUGUGAUGGAGUUUUUAAGAAGGAAACUGGGAAAGACAGAGUCCAGUCUGGCUCAUAUCUCAGCACAGGGUGGUUUACCUUCAUUCUGGCCAUGGACGCCUGUUAUGGCAUUCACGUCUACGGGAUGAUAAAUGACACCUACUGCAAGACAGAAGGGUAUAGAAAAGUCCCCUACCAUUAUUAUGAACAAGGAAGAGAUGAGUGUGAUGAAUAUUUUCUUCAUGAACAUGCCCCAUAUGGGGGUCAUAGGUUUAUCACUGAAAAGAAAGUGUUUGCUAAAUGGGCCAAGAAGCACAGGAUAAUAUUUACACAUCCAAACUGGACAUUGUCUUGA